AAACUGGUGUAAUUCCGAAAGUUGAAUAGUCGAACGAACAAAGCGAAAGGAAGAGGUUAUCCUAGCAAAAACAAAUCAGUAUUAACCGUAUAGAUCUGAAUCAUGGAAGAAGCGAUGAGCCCAGAGUGUGUUUCUAACACUGAUGUUCCUGAUGCUAAGCCUGUGUCAGAGACAGAUGCCUUCCCAUUCGGAAAAUCAAAACCACAAAGCGGUAAACCAGUUGCCACUACAAUACAGACAGCGACCGAGUUCUUCUCCCACAAGUACAAGAUGGACUAUCCAAACAGGGGUAAAGCUAUCAUCAUCAACAACAAGAAGUUUAACCCUAACACUGGGCUGAACGAGCGGAAUGGCACGGACCAGGACGCCUCCGCUCUCUGCUGCCGUCUGUCCGAGCUCGACUUCGAUGUAGAUCUUUUUCACAACCUGAAAGCAGAGGAAAUCAAAGUUACACUACAGAAAGCCGCCGAAUUGGACCACAGAGACAAUGACUGUUUCACCUGCGCCAUUCUGUCCCAUGGGGAGGAUGGAUUUAUAUGGGGGAUAGACAGAAUGAUCCCCAUUAAUGACCUGAUGGAGCCCUUCAAAGGCAACAAAUGUCUCUCUCUGGCAGGAAAACCCAAAAUCUUCUUUAUCCAGGCUUGCCGUGGAACAAAGUUUGAUGACGGCGUGGAUAUGAAUGUCGCAGAUGCUAAAGGCUUCAUGGACGUAGAGCCUCAGUUUUCUCUCCAGAAGAUCCCGUCAGAGGCUGACUUUCUGAUUGCUUACUCCGUUGUUCCAGGUUACUACUCCUGGAGGAACUCAACCAAUGGCUCCUGGUUCGUCCAGGCGCUGUCUGAGGUCCUGAUGAAGCAUGGCCAGACAGUGGACCUCCUGACCAUGAUGACACGUGUCAAUCAAAUCGUCGCCAACAAGUUCCAGUCUAACACCUCCCACUCCGACAUGAACGAGAAGAAACAGAUCCCAUGUGUCACCUCCAUGCUGACCAAGGAGGUUUACUUCACUAGCAAAUAGAGGGGGCCAGUCCAAGAGAGCGAGGGGCCCAGUCUCCGAUGGGUGAAACGAGCACCUUGUCUCAUGGCUUAAAGGGCACCUGCUCAACUGAUCAUGUGAUACGUGUACUGCCAGAGAGUGAUUGAGAAACACUGUGGUCUCUUGAUAUAAAUGAUUAUCAUGACUGUAAACAUUGGAUAACUCUAAUUCUGUAUCGUAAUGAUGUCAAGCUGUUAUUUCGAGUGUUAUUGUACAAUUAUGUUUGCAAUUUAUUAAUACUAUAAUCAUUAUUUAACAUGUACAUGAAUAGUACAUGUUCAAUGAAUUUGUAUAUUAAGUGUUCCAAAUCCAAAUGCUGCCCUCAAUACUAGCAUUUGUUAUUCUGAUUGGUAAAUGAACAAUUCCUGAGUGUGUGAGUUUGGCCUGUACAUGGAAGAUUUAUUUCACCUGGUAAUUCUUUUUGUUUUUCUUGCCAUGUACCUGUACCAAUGCAUGUACCGAUACUAAUACCAGUCAAAAAGGUUAACUACUUCAUUGAGCACAUCUAGAGACACCACAUCCUCAAUCUAAGCAUAUUUUGUCCUUUAGAGAGAAACAAAUUCAUGCAUGUUCCAUUAAAAGUACCGGCACUGGUAUUUGUGACAUCACUGUGAACCAUAACUGUUAUGUAAUU